AUGGAUUCGAUGAAUAUAAGUUCUCCACCGAAGUCUUCUGAACCGAUGCCCGUUGACGCCAUCGUAGACGGAGAAAAUGGAGUCGAGUUUGGUUCAAUUCGUUUGUCCGAGGGCGACGACGGUAUUCAGACUGAGCAGGGAGUCGAUAUUGGUCUGCUUAAUGGUUCCCAGGCCGAUGGCGGUAGACAGACUGGGCAGGGAGUAGACUUUGGUUUGUUUAGUGGGUCGCAGGGCGAUGGCGGUAGAGAGGGUGCACCAAACGACCCUACUUUAGCCUAUCAGCGUAACCAAGCCCUCUUAGCGAUGGCCCAACGCAUCUACGCUGAAAACGAAGCCAUUGCAUGUCCUAUCCGCGCAUCGUCGAAUUCCGAUGGAAACGAUAACAUUGCAGACCAUCUUCGCUCUUACCAAUGUGUUGCUAUCGAUGCGGCCGCGCUUGCGAGGGCUGGAGGCUUGAAGGGCAUUAUGGAAUUAAACGACGAGACUGCGAUACAAGUCAUGAGGGAUAUUGAGAUUACCUUUUAG